GGAGCGGAAGUCGUAUACACAGGCGCUGUGAGGCUGCGGGGUUUCUGGGUAAAGAUGGAUGCCUAUGAUCUGUUUCGCCGGCUCGGAGCUGGCGCCAAGUUCGACGUGAAGCGGUUCUCGGCAGACGCUGUUCGAUUCCAGGUAGGAAAAAGGAAAUGCAAUCCUGAUUCUUCAGAGGUGCUAGACUUCUUCGGAAACAAGAAGUCUGUCUCAGAUGAGUGUGAAGCAUUACAAACACACCAGGAGCUCCAAAAUGAGGAGAAAACAGAAGAGGGCCUGUUGGAAAGGAGUAAGGAGCCCAAGAAGAAAAAAAGAAAGAAGGUGACAUCAGAAAUUACUGCUCAAGAAGAGUUUGAUGCUACUAUACAGUGGACGUCCUCUGUGGAAGCAAAGAUUCAAGAAGAGAAAAACACCAAAGGAGAAAAGAAACUAACUUCAGAAAAGUUGGAACAUCUCAGAAAGGAAAAGAUCAACUUCUUUCGGAACAAACACAAGAUUCAUGUCCAAGGAACUGAUCUUCCUGACCCAAUUGCUACAUUUCAGCAGCUUGACCAAGAAUAUAAAAUCAGUUCUCGAUUACUCCAGAACAUUCUAGAUGCAGGCUUCCAAGUGCCCACGCCAAUUCAGAUGCAAGCCAUUCCAGUCAUGCUGCAUGGUCGAGAACUUCUGGCUUCUGCUCCUACUGGAUCUGGGAAGACUUUGGCUUUUAGCAUUCCCAUUUUAAUGCAGCUGAAACAACCUGCAAAUAAAGGCUUUCGAGCCCUGGUUAUAUCCCCAACUCGAGAACUUGCCAGCCAGAUUCACAGAGAGUUAAUUAAAAUAUCUGAGGGCACAGGAUUCAGGAUACAUAUGAUCCACAAAGCUGCAAUAGCAGCUAAGAGAUUUGGACCUAAAUCAUCCAAGAAGUUUGAUAUUCUUGUGACUACUCCAAAUCGACUGAUCUACUUGUUAAAGCAGGAUCCACCAGGGAUAGACCUGACAAGUGUUGAAUGGCUGGUAGUAGAUGAGUCAGACAAACUGUUUGAAGAUGGUAAAACUGGGUUUAGAGGCCAGCUGGCUUCCAUUUUCCUGGCCUGCACAUCCCACAAGGUCAAAAGAGCAAUGUUCAGCGCAACCUUUGCAUAUGAUGUCGAGCAGUGGUGCAAGCUCAACCUGGACAAUGUCGUUACUGUUUCCAUCGGAGCAAGGAAUUCUGCAGUCGAGACUGUUGAACAAGAACUGCUCUUCGUCGGUUCUGAGACUGGAAAACUUUUGGCCAUGAGAGAACUUGUGAAAAAGGGUUUCAAUCCACCUGUUCUUGUUUUUGUUCAGUCCAUCGAAAGGGCUAAAGAACUUUUUCAUGAGCUCAUAUAUGAAGGUAUUAAUGUGGACGUCAUUCAUGCAGAAAGGACACAACAGCAGCGAGAUAACACAGUCCACAGCUUCAGAGCAGGUAAAAUCUGGGUUCUUAUUUGUACAGCCUUGCUCGCAAGAGGGAUUGACUUUAAAGGCGUAAACCUGGUCAUCAAUUACGAUUUUCCAACCAGCUCAGUGGAAUACAUCCAUAGGAUAGGUCGAACUGGAAGAGCAGGGAAUAGGGGAAAGGCUGUUACAUUUUUCACUGAAGAUGAUAAGCCGUUAUUAAGAAGUGUUGCCAAUGUUAUCCAGCAGGCUGGCUGUCCUGUACCUGAAUACAUAAAAGGUUUCCAGAAACUAUUAAGCAAACAAAAGAAAAAGAUGAUUAAGAAACCAUUGGAAAGGGAGAGUAUUAGUACAACUCCAAAAUAUUUCUUAGAACAAGCUAAACAGAGAAAGGUUGCUGGCCAGAACAGCAAGAAGAAAGAAACUCUUGAAGAGAAAAGUUAAAAAUAGAUACCUUAGAAGACUAUCCCCACAGUUUAAUUUAUAAGCCCAGCAUGAAUUUUCAUGGAUUAUUUAACAGCCAUCUUUACCAAACAUAUUAAAUCAACAAGGGCAUGAGAGAAGAAAAUUCUCCUAAUUUACUGAUGCAUCAGGGCAAGCUUCACCUUGUAGGUGAAAUUUAUACAAUGGAAAUAACAUGCAUUGACAUUUCUGCCUGAAUCAGAGAGAUACUUCUUAUAGAAGAAAAAGAGUUGAUGUUAAAAAUAACACCCAAAUGUGGUGAACUCUUAAGGAUUUUGCCCUUCAAGUGUGAAGCAUGCUGUGAAGAGGCAUCUGGAACAGAAUUUUAAAAUAAAAUCUUGAGCUUGAAUGCACCAUCCA